UUUAGUUUGCGCUUGCGCAUACGUUUACGUCAGUGCUUGCAUUUCGAGCCGAGUUGCUUGUGUGUUGCUGGCUGUAUUGGGCACAAUGACGACAUCUUCAGAUUUCGGUAAUCCACUUAGAAAGUUUAAGCUCGUCUUCUUGGGAGAGCAGAGCGUUGGGAAGACAUCACUCAUCACAAGGUUUAUGUACGACAGCUUUGACAACACGUAUCAGGCAACAAUAGGCAUCGACUUCUUGUCGAAGACUAUGUAUCUUGAAGACAGAACGGUUCGAUUGCAGUUGUGGGAUACAGCUGGUCAGGAGAGAUUUCGAAGCUUGAUUCCCAGCUAUAUCAGAGAUUCAACUGUAGCUGUUGUUGUUUAUGAUAUCACAAAUGCUAAUUCAUUCAACCAAACGAAUAAGUGGAUUGAUGAUGUGCGGACAGAGAGAGGCAAUGAUGUCAUAAUUAUGUUGGUUGGAAAUAAAACAGAUUUAGCAGAUAAACGGCAAGUUUCAAUAGAAGAUGGUGAGAAGAAAGCGAAAGACCUAAAUGUUAUGUUCAUCGAGACAAGUGCAAAAUCAGGCUACAACGUCAAGCAGCUAUUUAGACGAGUUGCAGCAGCACUUCCAGGAAUGGAAAGCUCAUCAGAAAGGCAGCAUCAUGAACAGAACAUUGUGAUUACCGAACCACCACCUGAUCCUCAGAACAGCCAGUCAGGAUGUUGGUGCUGAGUGGGUAUCGAUUCUGGCUGCUGUGUAUCAUUUUAUUGCAAUGAAUCAGUUUGCAUUAGUUCUGUCAAAUGUGAUCUGUAAGUACACUUGAGAGACUAAAUUUCAUCAGUUUCAACUAGAGGGGCACUUACGAGUGCGUGUAUGAUGUAUCGCUACUUGAACGUUGAAUACUGUAUGUAGUAUUGAUGUUUGUUGAAUGAUCA